ACUUUUGUGAGGUGCGAUUACUGGGCAGCGUGUUCAACCAAGCGAUAUAUAAUCCAAUUACAAGUAAAUGCACAUUUAGAUUAGGCCUGAUAAGUAUUGGUCCGUUUAGCGAGCAAUUUUUUGAACAGUCAACGUUAGUAGAUUCUUGGGGAAACGUUUAGAUUUUAGAAGUCGCUGUGAAUUAGACUUUAGUGUCGGGGUCUGUAGUCUUAGAUCAUUUGAGUUGGUUCUGUCGUCAUGGCGUCAGUUGGAGUCUGUCUUGCUUUAGGAUUGGUUCUGAUUGCUGGUACCAAACUCAGCACUGCACAGAAAUGCACACACCAAGAUGGAAAACAGUUCCAGGUAGGUCAUCACUACUUCCCUGACCUCUGCACGGAUUGUUUCUGUGAGCCCCCGGGCAUGUAUACCUGUACCACGAUAGAAUGUCCAGUGUUGCUGUGUGUGGACAGCGUCCAGCUGGAGAAUGAGUGUUGUCCUUCCUGUGUCAAUGGUCCAAGUUGUUCCACGGCAAGCGGUGUGGUCAUCCCUCUAGGGCUCCAGGUGAAGAUCAACAACGGCUCUACCUGUCAUUGUGUGCCAGACCUGCAGGAAGGCAGCGAGCAUGCCUUCACGGCACAGUGUUCAGUCAACAGAGGCUGAAAGAUUUCUUCCAGACAAAUAUACCAAAGGCUGAGGUUUCAGUACUCUAUGUUGGAUUUUUGUAGACACGUUUAGACAUAGCAUUACAACUUGUUCAGCUUUUUCUGUUUGUCUCACUUAUACCACUUGUUAUACAAUAAUGGACAUAUGAUGUAUUUUUUCCAUUGAAACUGUAAUAUGAAAUAAAAUAUCUUUUCACAUA